AUGGAUGUUUACCAAAUAGAGCUGGAGGCACCGGCACCGGCACAACUACGCUCCCAUCUGCUGAUCGACACUGUGGUAAAGAACCUGGGCCAGCCGACACGCCCACAGCAGCAACAGCAGCAGCAACAACAGCAGCAGCGGCAGCAACAGCAGCAGCAGCAGCAGGACGACGACAAUAAUAUUGCUGAUCUAGACGCAGAGGAGGAGGAGCAGCAGCAACAGCAGGAGGGGGACGACGGGGAAGAGGAAGAGGACGAGGAAGAAGAGGAGGACGAGGAGGAGCAGGACGAGGACGAGGAGGAAGAAGCGGAGGAGGCGGGACAACAGCAGGAGGAGGAGGCGGAGGAGAACGAAGCACUGCCGGAAGUCAGUUUUGAUGCAAAUUCAGAUUUCAAUUUGCAUUUCUUUGACACGCCCGAAGAUUCAUCCACACAAGGCGCAUAUAGCGAAGCGGCCAGCCUAGACUCGGAGCCCGAGGAGCAAUUGUUGCAGCAGCACCACCAGCAGCAGCAGCAACAGCUGGCAGCUGGCACCGCACAGGAGCUGCAACAUUGCCUCAGUGCCAUCGAAGCGAAUCCGCUGCAAUUGCUGCAGUGCGAGAGCUUCUACAGCGCGACGCCAGCAACAGUUGCCGUUGCAGCAGUGCAACAGCAGCAACAGCAGCAGCAACUGCACCCGCAGCAGCGUCGGCAACAGCAGCAUCUGAGCUGCACGGCUCUGAGCAAUGGUGGAGGUGCUCUGUACGCCAUCAGCAGUGUGCAUCAGUUCGGUCCCGCCAGCAACAGCUCCAGCUCGGCCGGCGCCCAUUCCUCACCGGACAGCGGGCGCAGCAGCGGCGGCGGCUGUUGUUCCUCCAGCUCCAGCUCGGCCACAGUCUCAUCCUCAUCAUCAUCCACGUCAUCUGCAUCCAGUGCCGAGCACUUCAAUCGAACGACGCUUCUCAAUGCCACUUUUAUGCUUCAAAAUAUCUCAGACAGCAACAACAACGGCAACAACGGCGUCUCCUCAAAGUCGUUUGUGCCCUGCAAAGUUUGCGGCGACAAGGCAUCGGGCUAUCAUUAUGGUGUAACCUCCUGCGAGGGUUGCAAGGGCUUCUUUCGUCGCAGCAUUCAGAAGCAAAUCGAAUAUCGCUGCCUGCGCGACGGCAAGUGCCUGGUCAUACGCCUGAAUCGGAAUCGCUGUCAAUAUUGCCGCUUCAAGAAAUGCCUCUCGGCUGGCAUGAGCCGUGACUCUGUGCGUUAUGGUCGCGUACCCAAGCGUUCACGUGAGCUGAACGGUGCGGCAGCAGCAGCAGCCGCUGCAACAGCAUCAGCAGCCAGCGCGCCCCUAAAUGUGGAUGAAACCAGUGCCAAUAAUUUGCAUACAAAUCUAAUACAGCAACAACAGCAACAACAACAGCAGCAGCAGCAGCCGCAUGCGAGCAGCGUGCAGCGCGUAAAUACACCAAGUACACCACAAACGCCACAAAUGUGUUCGAUAGCCUCGUCGCCAUCGGAGCUGGGCGGUUGCAAUAGUGCCAACAACAACAACAACAGCAACAACAAUAGCGGCAACAAUAACAGCAAUGCAACAGCUGUAGUUGUGGGCAACCAUCAUCAGCAAUUGGUCAGCAUGGGCAGCAGCGGGGACAUGGCCAUGACCCAGGUGGGCAUGUGCCAUCCGCACGAUCAUCACGACAGCCUCGCCGGCACCGCCAACGAGCUGACCGUCUACGAUGUGAUCAUGUGCGUCUCGCAGGCGCAUCGCCUCAAUUGCUCCUACACCGAGGAGCUGACACGCGAGCUGAUGCGACGUCCAGUGACGGUGCCACAGAACGGGAUUGUCACCACGGUGGCGGAGAGCCUGGAGUUUCAAAAGAUCUGGCUGUGGCAGCAGUUCUCGGCUCGCGUCACGCCCGGCGUGCAGCGGAUUGUGGAGUUCGCGAAACGCGUACCCGGCUUCUGUGAUUUCACCCAGGACGACCAACUGAUACUCAUCAAGCUGGGCUUCUUUGAGGUGUGGCUGACGCAUGUUGCCCGCCUGAUCAAUGAUACGACGCUGACGCUGGACGAUGGCGCAUAUCUGACCCGACAGCAGCUCGAGAUACUCUACGAUUCGGAUUUUGUGAACGCCCUGCUGAACUUUGCCAACACGCUGAACGCAUAUGGGUUGAGCGACACAGAGAUUGGUCUGUUCUCCGCGAUGGUGCUGCUGGCAUCGGAUCGGACGGGCCUCAGUGAGCCGAAGGUGAUUGCCCGUGCCCGGGAGCUGGUGGCGGAGGCGUUGCGUGUUCAGAUCCUGCGCUCGCGAGCGGGCUCGACGCAGGCGCUGCAGCUGAUGCCGGCGCUGGAGGCUAAAAUACCGGAGCUGCGCUCACUGGGCGCCAAACACUUCUCACAUCUCGACUGGCUGCGAAUGAACUGGACCAAGCUGCGCCUGCCGCCGCUCUUUGCCGAGAUCUUCGACAUACCCAAGGCGGACGACGAGCUGUAGACCCCACAAAUGUUCUACAAUCUGUAUGUUUAAGUAAUUAGCGUUUAACGAAGAGUUGGCAGCAUUAGACACAACUAUCCGACAUUAAAGCAAAAGGCAACCAAUUUAUCAGAUACAAGAUACAAGAUACAGAUACAUAGUUAACUACAACUACAACUACA